AGGCUUCUCGGCACUUCUGAGUGCCGAGGCCACAUAAGGAUUUUUAGACCCUGAGAAAGUUUGGCUCUGCUGACACCAAAAGGCCCCUGAUAUGAUCUAGGGGUCCCAACUAUCUGGGGACUCUGGUGAGUUUGCCUCCUGCAGCUCCACCACCUCCACUUCCACCUCCACCUCCUGCUCCAGCUCCACCGAUGAGCUGCUGCAACGACGAGAUCACGAGGUUGCAUCGCUGCGAAGAGCACCAUGAUGGAGGCUGCCCAUGCUCUGGCGAGGGCUCGCAUUGCUCGAAUGCGGAUUGCCACAGCCGGAAAGAUAUCCUGACAGAAGAUGACAUUUACUGCUGUUCCCUUUCUAAGACACUGUGCCACACCUCCACGCCCGUCACAGUGGGCUUCUACUCCCCCUGUGGAAACCGCCUGCAUUCGCUGCUUGAUCAUAUCGGAAAAUGCAUGCACAAGGAAACUGUCCGGAGAGAAGAAAACGAGUACAGGAGGACACAUGAGAAGCCCCGGAUACCGGAAGGAUGGAACUACCUGACCCUCCUGUGGUACUUGGUGUUCUAUGAGCCAGUCAUCACAGAGGUUCAUCUCAGGAGGAAGAACAUUGACUUCAUGUUCAUAAGAUUCAGCGCCUGGGAAUACGCCGGCAGUGACAAGCUGUGGGCUGGUCUGGUAACCACCUUGUGCGACCGCAUCCGCCACCAGUUCGGGCCUCUGCCUCUGAGCUUCUACCACGUGGUGGGGAGCAGGCCACACUUUGCCUCCGGGUUCAGCCAGCAGGAGUGGAGGCUCAAAAAGAAAGCCUCGUUUGCAGCCGGAGGGUUCCUGACCAUCUUGCUAGCUGGCAUUGGCCUGGCCACAACCGCGUACCUUGUGCCAGGGCUGAGGGAUGGCACUGUCUUGAAGAUCCUCGCUGCCUCCUUGGCCAGUGUUACGGGUUCAGGGGCCGUGGUGGCCAUUGCUCCGGUGAUUAAGCACCUGAUCAUCAGCCAGAAGAAGAAGAUCGAGAGCAUGACCAGCAAUGAGAAAUUCACCAGCCAUCUGGGCUUCAUGAGCGCCGUGAAGAGAGAGAUUGCACUCCUCACCAACUUUGUGUAUUACAUGGAGAUCUUUGAGAGGCGGCGGCUGAGGAUUGUCUUUGAGGUCACCAACUUGGACAUGUGCUACCCAGAACGAGUCAUUGGGGUCCUGAACGCCAUCAACACUCUGCUUUCAGACACCAACGCCCCGUUCAUCUUCAUCCUGGUAGUGGACCCUUGUGUCAUUGUCUCUUGCUUGGAGGAAGCCAGCUGCAUGAAGGGCAUGGCCGACAACGGUUACCUCUACCUCAACCGCACGGUGACGCUGCCUUUCUCCAUCCCGGAAAUUGGCCAGAGGGCAAAGCUGCGGUUUCUGCACGAGGCCUUCCAGAGCCGGGAGGACUUGAUGUACAACAUCAUCACGAGAAACGUGGAGCAGGGGAUCAAAAGGGCCAAAGGGAAGGACAGGGCCUUGGGAGACAUGGAAGCAUCAGCAGAGAUGGACCAGCAACAGAUCGACGCUCAGGCCGUGCAGUACAUCCACGAAGCUUUCCACUGCUUGCACGAUGAAUUUGAUUCCCUUUACAGGUACAUCCCAGACAGUAUUGUCCAGAUGAAGAGGAUCGUCAACACCAUCCCAAUCACUAUCCGGCUUAUGACCCAGCAGCAUGUCUUGAGACAUGCCAUCUGCCCCCGGUCGGUGGCAGCCUGGGUAGUCAUGGCCAACCAAUGGCCUUGCCGCUUGAGCUGGAUACUGCAGUGCAUGGAGGACAGGCGGCAGUGCCACCCAGUGGACGAGGAUGGCGAGGAAACAAUGUGGCACGUCUUCGCGGUGAACUGCAAGGAGCUUUUCUCCCAUCAUAAGGAGCUUCACAACAUCAUGGCAUUGGACAAUGACCCCGAACGCUUUGAGAAUUUCUUGUGGCACGAUUUCCCUUUCACCGUGAAGGAAGGGGAGAAGUACGUGAGGUACACAGUCAACUUGGACCACUCCAUAAGGUAUCGGAUGGGGCAGCUGCGGUCCCUGGCUUCCCUGGAAAAGGACUACAGCAAAGAAUUGGCUUCUCUGGAAAAGGACAAAGAUAAAGAAGCAGCUUCCUUGGAAAAGGACGACGGCAGAGAAGCAGCCAAUUCAGGCAGGAUGGUGUAAAUCGGAGGGUUUCCAGGGGUCUGCUGGAAGGUUAUCGAACAUUUUGUAAUAAGGUAUGAUCAGUCAUGGUGGACAAGCUAUUUGAGAGACGAUUUUGCCUGUUGCCCAUUUAUCCCUUUGGUGUGGAUCAGUGAAUGAGUGUCGGCUGUGUUUCCAGGGUGGGGUUUCCCAAACUGUGAGCUUCACCCAGGUGGUUCCACGGUGUGUCCGUGGAUUCCUGGAUGAAGCCAGGAGAUGGCACAGCUGUCGCAUUUUUAACCGUACCUUUUAUUUACUCUUUUGUGUUUUAUUGCACUGCAAUUUGAAUUCUGUGAAAUGCGGCUGUGACACAAAAAAAUACAAUGUGUAAGAAAUUAAAGGAAGCAAUAAAAAUACAAUUAGAAAACAUACUGGACCACAGCUGCUGCAACGGCAGAAAAACCAGUCAGUGCCCUCCCCCCCCAGCAAUUUGUUGACUUCAAUGCAGGGUGAUGGGGGAGGCUGAAGAGGCCUAGCUGGUGCUCGUGUGAACAGCAUAAACAUCCCAGAAUCCUCCGGGAAAGCCACUGGGUAUUGUGGCAGACAAGUUUACGGUGGGAAGUGUUUCUUGAUGCCUGGGAAGUUUCAAAAGCCAAUUUACCCUCAGCUGAGGGACACAUAGCAAUCUGCAGCGGGAGAACGGGAUUAGGAGAGACUUUGCGUGUUCCCAAACAUGAUGCUAAAUGGGCUGCAUUUGAACUUCCUUCUGUUCUUUUUGCAAAACUUAAUGGAAGCUGUGAAUACAGGAACGAAAGUGAAGAGGAGGGAAAUGAGUGCUGCUGUAGCCAAUGAAGGAUUUGGAUUUGUGCAACAAGCUGAUUGAAUUAUUUAAGGUGUUUAGAGAAGUUUAUGUGUGGAGGGGGGAGAAUAUGGAUGCUAAGUGACAUCUACAGCAGGGUUGUGUGUAUCGUGUAUCUCAUAAAUGGAGAAACAGCAGCUUUGUCUGGCAUUGGCUCCAACUCUCUCUCUCCCCCCCCCCCCCCGUUUUUGGGCUCUCUGCUUUCUGCCAUAUCAGUCCCUUUGGACACUGCUUGCAGGUAGGAAGGGUCAAACCAGUCUUAUUUCUUGUCCAUGCCACUUUUGCACUGAUUCUGUGAUGACUCUGCAUUAUUCUUUAAAUAAAAAAAUAAACCUGUGCAAGAAUUUGCAUUUAAA